AGAUCUUUCUGUGCUCUAUGGUAACAAUGAUUUGGCUAACAGUGGACUUCGUAAAAAUGAGGAUGGUCGCCUUGCAGUAUCUGUUUUCCAUGAAGGACAAUUUAUGCCCCUGACACCUGACACUCCUCUACCAUGUGCUUCUCAACGUCCUUCAGACACUGUCUGCUUCAAGAGUGCUGAUCCUCGUACUAAUCAGCAGCCUUUGAGAAGUGCUAUACAUGUGCUAUUCUUACGAGAACAUAACCGAAUAGCAAAAAUUCUUGCUAAGUUAAAUCCUCACUGGAAAGAUGAACAACUGUAUCAACAAGCAAGGCGGAUUCUGAUUGCUAUUUUCCAACACAUAACGUAUGAAGAAAUGUUGCCAGUUUUGAUAGGAAAACAUGCAUUUAAAGAACACUUCCAUGCAUACAAAUAUAAUAAAAAAUUGUGUCCUGGCACAUUUGUUGAAUUUACCACUGUGGCAUUCAGGUACCUUCACACAAUUGCACAUGGAAUUCUACGGUUAAUGACAGCAGGUCGUGAAAUCAAUAAAGAGCUCGUGCUGAGUGACUUCUAUAACAGACCAACAAUAGUAACUAAGGAAUUUGAUGAAAUUCUAAUUGGAGCAGUCUCUCAAGAAUGUCGCAAAGAUGAUGAAAAUUUUGACAAAGAGAUAGCUCAUGAACUGUUCAGGGCAAAUAGAACUACAUUUGGCUUAAGUCUUCCUGCUAUUGAUAUACAGAGAGCCAGGGAUCAUGGUGUGCCUUCCUACAAUGAGCUUCGUAAAUUAUGUGGACUUCCAAAAGCACAUGAUUUUGAUGACCUUUCUGACACUAUGUCUCAUACAUCAAUUAAGAAAUUGAGGAGUGCUUAUAAACAUGUAAAUGAUAUAGAUCCACUAGUUGGAGGAACAAUGGAAGAAGGAAUGCCUGGUGCAAUUAUGGGGCCCACAUUUGUGUGCCUUGUAACCAAACAGUUCCUUUUAACACAGAGGUCAGACAGAUUUUUCUACCUCAACAGAGAUCAAGAACAGCCAUUCAGCCCAGCACAACUUGAGGAGAUCAAAAAAGCUUCUGUUGCCAGCCUCCUAUGCACCCACACAGGCAUAAAAAAGAUACAAAGGAAUGCAUUCACAAUUAUCUCUGUUCGGAACCCUCUGGUACAUUGCCAUGAAAUACCUAAAGUUGAUUUAUCUGCAUGGAAGGACAACGCAUCUGGAUAUGUGAAAGAAGCAUGGUAGUUAGGUUACAGAAUAUCUGUAUUUUAAUUAAUAAAAUUCCGAACAUAUUAAAUUUAUGUAUAAAAUAUUUGUGUGUCAGAUAUUACAGAUAACAAGAAAACUGUCUCUUGAAUCAACUGUACACACAUAUUUCCAUCAAAGAACAUCAGAAAAGGAAUCUUCAUAGUGUGCAAUACACAUAGCUGCUUAACUGACUCAAAAGCCACCACUUUGACACUAUACAUCAGUUACCACUUUAAUGAAUACAUUCUACUUGCUGUAUAGGGCUACUCAGCAGGCAUCUUGAACACAACGUCAUGUGAUUAAUCCUGGCAUCAGUGUGGUGCAUGCAAUGUCUGUGUUGUUUUAUUAUUGGAAAAUUAAUUAGUUACAAGAUGCACAUGAACUGAGAUGGUAGUCUGUAGAAUUAUGCCAUUUUGAAAUGAUUACUACUUAUGUAACUUGUAUUGUAAAAGCAUAAAACAAGACUAAACAUUUAUUGAAGGUAUUUAAGUUAUUUUGCAUUCAUUCCACCAUACAAAUAAUAUUGGACUUGUCAUAAGCAGAAAUAGGUUAACAAUGCAGUACGGAACUGAAUUGUGUAGAAAAAUAAAACAGUGAAUUUACAUUUUGUCAAAUGAUAAAUCAUGGUAAAUUAAUUACUACUACAAUUAGAAUUCAUACAAAAUAAACUAUAGAUAGUAGGCUACAGUGAUAUAAACUACAACUUAAUAAAUGGAAAAUAUGAAACUUCUCACAGCAGUUCACACACAACUGUACUUCCUCUUUUGUGGUGAUUAAUUUCUUGGUCUAUUACAGGAAUGAGAUUACAUAAAAUUAAUGGUAAAUUUACAUUCUAUUUGAAGAUGCUGUAUGUUUUAAUCAUCUUUAAUAAUAAUAUAGAGAUUAAAGUUCUGGAGUUUUGAAGGAAUAGGCUACAUAAUACAUAAACAAAAUAAAGGCAUCUCAAAACUUUUAACAA